AUCUGCAGGUUGUGCCGGUUCGUGAUGAGGAAAUAGCUCCUGAGCAGAUUUCAAAUGUACAAAUGGAAACUUAAGAAGAUAACUCCUUGUAAUGAUGUGCUUUUUAUUUUCUGAGGACUGCAUAAAUGCUUCUCUUACAAAGAAAAGAAAAAAAAUUUGUAAACGUGCCUCAGCAUUAGGACGUGCCAUAUAAGCUGCGCCAUAUCACUGCGUGGAUUUGGUACCUCAGUAAGGAUGCAACUGUGCUGUGAAUCUGUAAAUGGCUCUUGCAUAAAGAGCAGCUGGUCGAACAGUAUCCGCAUUUCCAUGUAUAUCUUCAUGGUUUGCAUUAUUCUGGCCACAGUGUUUGGAAAUCUCAUGGUUAUCAUCUCAAUAUCACAUUUUAAGCAACUCCACACACCUACCAACUUCUUGAUACUCUCCAUGGCCACAGCUGACUUUUUGCUGGGAUUCCUCGUCAUGCCUUGCAGCAUGGUGCGCUCUGUUGAGCACUGCUGGUAUUUUGGCGACUUCUUCUGCAAGAUCCACACAAGCAUGGACAUUAUGCUGAGCACGGCUUCCAUCUUCCAUCUUUCUUCCAUAUCCAUUGAUCGUUACUAUGCUGUGUGUGACCCUCUAAGAUACAAAUCAAAGAUAAAUACUUUUGUUAUCCUGAUCAUGAUAUUCAUAAGUUGGACUGUCCCUGCUGGUUUUGCUUUUGGGAUGAUCUUUCUAGAACUAAAUUUGCUAGGAGCAGAAGAGAUUUAUAAUCACAUCCAUUGUGCAGGAGGAUGCUUUGUCUUUUUUAGUGAAACUUCAGGUGUUGUGGCCUCUGUAGUGUCUUUUUACAUCCCUGGAUUUGUUAUGCUGUAUGUCUAUAGGAAAAUAUACUCUAUAGCCAAGAGGCAUGCAAGAUCCAUUGAAGCAAUUAGCCAAAAGAAGAGAUAUGAAAUGAAGCACCACAUUUCAUGCUGCAGAGAAAGGAAAGCUGCAAAGACAUUAUGUAUAAUAAUGGGAGUAUUUUUUAUAUGCUGGAGUCCCUUCUUCUUCCUUACAGCAACUGAUCCAUUUAUGAAUUAUGUGGCUCCUCCUAUUCUCAUCGAUGCUUUGGUUUGGUUUGGUUAUUUAAAUUCUGCAUUGAAUCCAAUUGUUUAUGCAUUUUUUUACAUGUGGUUUCGCAAAGCAUUAAAGAUAAUUCUGUUUGGAAACAUUUUUCAACAGGACUCUUCAAGGAUUCAAUUAUUUUUAGAGUGACAUCCUUUAAAUGGUUGAUUCCUGGCUUUGAGAUUUUUUCUAGAGGCUGACCUCCAGGAAACAAGAGCUGAAAAUGACAGAAACAACCCCUAUUUGUUUGCUGAUUUACCAAAUUUGGUUCAAGCAGAUAAGGAGCUGUUGUGUUUUAUGUCUUCUUUCAUUCAAGACUGGGAAUUUUAUGUAUUGUUUUGUUAUAGCUAUUUAUAUGCUAUGCGGAGGAAAGCAAAACCUAGGUUUAAAAAGCCUACAGCAGCUCCUUAACUGUUUUUAAUCGUUAAGAAGUGAUUCUGAUACAACAGAUCAUAUUUCUAAAUAUAUAUAUUUCUGUUUAUUUGCUGUCCUCUAAAAAGAGCAGAAAAGCCUUUUAUUUUGAAUAUACAGACAUCUUUGAGUAAACACCCAAAGCUUUUAUGUUUUGUCCCUCCUCUUCAGUAUAUGUGCAGAGGUCAAAAUAGGCCAAUGUACAGUCAUGCCAGUAUGCUGCGUGGAGGGAAGAUAGGAAAAGAGAAGUCAUGUUGCUCCUUCUCUUUCCAUUUAAACUAGUGGUUGUCACUUUUGUCAUUUAAAGGCUUUGCUGCUUAAUGAGGUCAAAAGCAUUUUUGGGAUCAAAGAUAUUGUGGAAAACACAAUAAAGGGAAAAAAAAGCAGUAGUGAAAAGCAACACUGAAUCUGAAAAUGCCAGAAAAUUAUACUUUUGUAAUGAAAAUUUUGUUGUAAAAUAUCCACACAUUUGCAUCCUUCAGAACUUUAUAUAGCUUGGAUAUAUUGAUAUUUUGGCUUACAGCAGUGCUGUGACAGCCAGUGAGGAAUCUAUAUAAAUAAUUGUUAUAGAAAUGCUAUGGCUUGCCUGAUCGUAGGGUGAGUGGGGCAAGAUGGACAUGGAAGCAUCAGGAGGAGUGGCAGAAAAAGGAUCAUAGGAAUGGCUUGGUGUCAUGGCACCUGGGUGAGCAGGCAGUCAAGAUUACAUCUGUGUGCAGCUUUUCUGGACACCCAGAUUGAGACACAAAGGACAGACAAGGAAGUCAAAAGCUAGCACGUGGCUACCAGCUGAAGAAGGCCCACAGGCUGUCAUUUUUUAAUCUAUGAACUGGCUUUGCUAGAAUUAACAUAUCAUGAAAGAGAUGGAAAUAAUACCUCUGCCCUGUUCCUAUGACAUCUAGUUGGAGUAUGAGGGACUAGUUCUGUGAAUGGACAGUAAAAUGUUGGUACCUGAGAAGAGGCUAUGGGGAAGCUGAUGACUUGGUAUUGAAGGAAGAGCUAUGUUCAGUGGUAAAUGAUGUCCUCCAUUCAUUUUGCUGGGAUAUGUCCACACUGUACAUCUUGUCUUUCUUUUUUGGGUUCUGUAGAGCUCUGAAGCAUUCUGCACUGUAGAGCAUAAAAGUUCAAUGAUGCUACAUGUCAGCAGAGCAAAAUAUAUUAGGAUCUGAAAUUGUCUCCUUUACACUGUCAUCUUGUAAGUUUGCACUCUAAAAUGACAUAAAAAUGAACAAUGACUGAAAUAUGCAACACGUCAGCUUUUGUACUGUGGAAUAUAAUUCUUGGUAGUGACAAUAUGACCACUUUAAUUCUUCAUCACAGAGCAAUAAA